GUGGACCCAGCAGUGGCAGCUUAGUGUCAGGUGAUCGGCGCUGAGGAGCCGUUGCCGCCGCCCCGGGGAAGAAAAUGCAAGAUGGCCCAGCGGGGCUGUGAGGGGCUCCGCGGCGCCCCCUCCCUCCCCGCCCGCUGCCGCCGCCUCCUCCCCGGCUCGUAGGGCCGGCGGGAAGCGCUGAGGCCAAGCCCGCCGCGCCAGAGCCCGUCCCUGGCGGGGGGCACCGAACCAUGGGGCUCUGCUACAGCCUGCGCCCGCGGCUUUUCGGGGACGCCGGCGGCUCCAUCUCCAGUACCGGCGCCGUCUCGGAGCCCGAAGCGCCGACUGAGCCUCACGCCGCCCCGCAGCCACAGCCUCUCGCCGCCCCUCUCCGGCCCGGCGGUAAGCCCAGCGGGGAGGCGGACGGGCCGCCGCUGCUGCUGCAGAACGGCGGUGGUAACGGGGCCGCCCCCGAACGGCCGCCGUUGCCCAAGGCCGGUGGUCAAGGCGGCAUGGGAAAGGCGGCGAGGCAGCAGGCGCUGCACCAGCCGCCGGCUCUGCAGAGACCCUGGGAGAAGCUACGCCUGGAGGAGCGGGAGGCGGAGAAGGAGGCGAGGAAAGUCAGUAAGAGCAUCGACCGGGCGCUUAAGGAGCAAAAGCGGGAGUACAAGCAGACGCACCGCCUGCUGCUGCUGGGGGCUGGUGAGUCAGGAAAAAGCACUAUUGUGAAACAAAUGCGAAUCCUACAUGUCAAUGGAUUUAAUUCAGAAGAAAAGAAACAGAAAAUACUGGAUAUUCGGAAAAAUGUUAAAGAUGCGAUUGUGACUAUAGUUUCAGCUAUGAGCACUUUAAUACCCCCAGUUCCACUGGCCAACCCAGAAAACCAAUUUCGAAUGGACUACAUCAAGAGUAUAGCUCCUCUUUCUGACUUUGACUAUACACAGGAAUUCUUUGAACAUGCAAAGAAGCUCUGGGAUGAUGAAGGUGUAAAGGCAUGCUUCGAGAGGUCAAACGAGUACCAGCUGAUUGACUGUGCACAGUACUUUUUGGAAAGAAUUGACAGCGUCAGUAUGGAUGACUACACCCCCACAGAUCAGGACCUAUUAAGAUGCAGAGUGCUGACAUCAGGGAUUUUUGAAACAAGAUUUCAAGUAGAUAAAGUAAAUUUCCACAUGUUUGAUGUAGGUGGCCAGAGAGAUGAGAGAAGAAAAUGGAUCCAAUGCUUUAACGAUGUCACAGCUAUCAUCUUCGUUGUGGCUUGCAGCAGCUACAACAUGGUCAUAAGGGAGGACAACAACACAAACAGGCUACGGGAAUCCCUGGACCUUUUCAAAAGUAUUUGGAAUAACAGGUGGUUACGGACCAUUUCCAUCAUCCUGUUCUUGAACAAACAGGACAUGCUGGCUGAAAAAGUCCUGGCAGGGAAAUCAAAAAUCGAAGAUUACUUUCCUGAAUACGCUCAUUACACUGUACCCGAGGAUGCAACACCAGAUGCAGGAGAAGAUCCCAAAGUCACAAGAGCCAAGUUCUUCAUUCGGGAUGAGUUUCUAAGGAUAAGCACGGCGAGCGGGGAUGGCCGGCACUACUGCUACCCACACUUCACCUGCGCCGUGGACACAGAAAACAUCCGCAGGGUGUUCAACGACUGCCGGGACAUCAUUCAGAGGAUGCACCUCCGCCAGUAUGAACUCUUGUGAGGGGGCUCACCAUGGAACCUGUGGUUUUAAAUCCUUUGCUCCUUACUCUUUCUCUUGAUACUACCCAGCACAGGGUGGAGGAAUACACAAUAGAAAUGUCUCUUCACUUUGUUUACUUUAAUUAUUUCACCUUAAAAGCUGAUUCGAAGCAAGUUUGGGUUGGGAUUUUUGUUUGGGGUGUUGGAGAUUUUUUUUUCCCUUCAUGCUUUUUUUUGGGGGGACUAUUUUUGUGGGGUUUU